AUGUCGACUCGACGUUGCAGUAAAACAGAAGAGAACAACGGAACCCAGUGUCUCUCAUAUUUCAAUUUUCCCCCGACAGUAGCAGCACUGAGGACAUGUCUUCUGGUGUGUAUGAAGAAAUUACUUGUAUUCAAGCUAGAAGUAUACCUGAGAGAGAGAGAGAUAUCACCUCUGGUUAUAAAGCUCAGAAGAACGUGCAGGGAUGUGACAAAGAAAAUACUGUAUUGGAAUCAGAGAGCCAUUGAACUCAUUGAUGAGGAUAAUGGCUAUACUUACUAUGCUGGAGUCCACUGUACCAAGAAUAACAAAAAGGUGUUUAAGAAGGAGAAGUUCAUCAGGAGGGGAUUGUACAAAUAUGCGAAAAAGAAGAAGCUUAGAAGAGGCGAAAUGCUCAGCUUCACAAUACGCUAUCCUGCUGAACGAAUGUUUGAAGGUUUACUGAACCGUUAG